AUGGCUUCAGGCGCGUCGAUCGCAUUGAGAAUGGUCAGGAGACACCCCAAAAUCCGGCAUGUCUUCAAGGUCCUCGUAAACCCAACCGCAUCGUCACUUCUGCAGUCAAAUACAUACCAAUCAAUUCGUGCGAUCUCGACUUCCCGGACAACGCCAGCAGCAAUCGCUACGCACAACAUCACCAGCCCCAAAGACCCACCGAAUUUCUCGCCAGAAUUCACCUACGGCGCGUACCAAGAGACGGGCGCGACGCCCGUGAAACGAAUCCGCUACCCGAAAUUCCAGUCGCUGGAGAGCGAGCGGGCGUUCCGCAAACUCCACCAUGCCGCUGCGUUGCGCUGGCUGGGGUACCAAGGGUACAACAAUGAGGGCGCAGGCGGACACGUCACGGUCCGCGACCCCAUCCUCACGGACCACUUCUGGAUCAACCCGCACGGCAAAUCCUUCUCGUAUAUGAAGCCCGAGGAUCUCGUCCUGAUGAGCCCCAAGGGCGAGGUCGUCGAGGGCGGGAACAUGCAUAGCGUGAAUCCGGCCGGGUGGGUGAUUCACAGCGCGGUGCAUGAGGCCAGACCCGAUGUCGUGGCCGCUGUUCACUGUCACAGUGUGCCAAGUAAGGCAUUUUCAGCACUUGGCUGUCACAUAGAGCCUAUUAACCAGGAUGCAUGUCGAUUCUACAAAGACCACGGCAUCUAUUCCGGCUUUGGCGGGAUCGCCUUCAAGGCGGACGAAGGCCACCACAUCGCCGCCGCUCUGGGCAACACAAAGGGCGUGAUCCUGCAGAACCACGGCCACCUGACGGUUGCAAAGACGGUCGACGGCGCCGCGUUCCUCUUUGGCGCCAUGGAUCGCUGCAUCCAGGCCCAGUUGCUGGCCGACGCCGCGUGCGCAGGCAGGGGCACCAAGACCAUCAAGGUCGCUCACGAGGAGGCCGAGUACUCGCGCAACGUGUACAAUGAUGAGAUGGUGUAUAUCAUGUUUCAAUCUGCGUGA